AUGGAGUGCGAGAACGGCCGCGUUGCUGCUACCAACGGCGACUCCCUGUGCAUGGCGACGCCCCGCGCCGACCCGCUUAACUGGGGAAAGGCCGCGGAGGAGCUGAUGGGCAGCCACCUGGACGAGGUGAAGCGGAUGGUCGCCGAGUACCGCCAGCCCUUGGUGAAGAUCGAGGGCGCCAGCCUCCGCAUCGCGCAGGUGGCCGCCGUGGCCGCCGGCGCUGGCGAGGCCCGCGUCGAGCUCGACGAGUCCGCCCGUGGCCGGGUCAAGGCCAGCAGCGACUGGGUCAUGAACAGCAUGAUGAACGGCACCGACAGCUACGGCGUCACCACCGGCUUCGGCGCCACGUCCCACAGGAGGACCAAGGAGGGCGGCGCUCUCCAGAGGGAGCUCAUCCGGUUCCUCAACGCUGGCGCAUUCGGCAGCGGCACCGACGGCCACGUCCUGCCGGCCGAGGCCACGCGUGCGGCCAUGCUCGUCCGCAUCAACACCCUCCUCCAGGGCUACUCCGGCAUCCGCUUCGAGAUCCUCGAGGCGAUCGUCAAGCUGCUCAACGCCAACGUCACGCCGUGCCUGCCGCUCCGCGGCACGGUCACCGCGUCCGGCGACCUCGUGCCGCUCUCCUACAUUGCCGGCCUCGUCACCGGGCGUGAGAACUCUGUUGCAGUCGCCCCGGAUGGCAGCAAGGUGAACGCCGCAGAGGCGUUCAAGAUUGCCGGAAUCCAGGGCGGCUUCUUCGAGCUGCAGCCCAAGGAGGGUCUUGCCAUGGUGAACGGCACCGCCGUGGGCUCCGGCCUUGCCUCCACCGUGCUCUUUGAGGCAAACAUCCUAGCCAUCCUUGCCGAGGUCCUGUCCGCCGUGUUCUGCGAGGUCAUGAACGGCAAGCCGGAGUACACCGACCACCUGACCCACAAGCUGAAGCACCACCCGGGACAGAUCGAGGCUGCUGCCAUCAUGGAGCACAUCUUGGAGGGCAGCUCCUACAUGAAGCUUGCCAAGAAGCUCGGCGAGCUGGACCCGUUGAUGAAGCCGAAGCAGGACCGGUACGCGCUCCGCACGUCGCCGCAGUGGCUUGGCCCCCAGAUUGAGGUUAUCCGUGCCGCCACCAAGUCCAUUGAGCGCGAGAUCAACUCCGUCAACGACAACCCACUCAUCGAUGUCGCCCGAAGCAAGGCUCUUCACGGUGGCAACUUCCAGGGCACGCCCAUCGGGGUGUCCAUGGACAACACACGUCUCGCCAUCGCAGCCAUCGGCAAGCUCAUGUUUGCGCAGUUCUCUGAGCUCGUCAACGACUACUACAACAACGGCUUGCCCUCCAACCUGUCCGGUGGGCGCAACCCCAGCUUGGACUACGGCUUCAAGGGCGCCGAGAUCGCCAUGGCGUCCUACUGCUCUGAGCUGCAGUUCCUGGGGAACCCGGUCACCAACCACGUUCAGAGCGCGGAGCAGCACAACCAGGACGUGAACUCGCUCGGACUCAUCUCCUCCAGGAAGACCGCAGAGGCCAUCGAGAUCCUGAAGCUCAUGUCCUCGACGUUCCUGAUCGCCCUGUGCCAGGCGGUCGACCUGCGGCACAUCGAGGAGAACGUCAAGAGCGCCGUCAAGAGCUGCGUGAUGACGGUGGCGAAGAAGACUCUGAGCACCGACUCCACCGGUGGUCUCCACGUCGCCCGCUUCUGCGAGAAGGACCUGCUCCAGGAGAUCGAGCGCGAGGCGGUGUUCGCGUAUGCCGACGACCCCUGCAGCACCAACUACCCGCUGAUGAAGAAGCUUCGCAACGUGCUCGUGGAGCGCGCCCUCGCCAACGGCGCUGCCGAGUUCGACGCCGAGACAUCCGUGUUCGCCAAGGUCGCCCAGUUCGAGGAGGAGCUGCGCGCGGCGCUGCCCAAGGCUGUGGAGGCUGCACGGGCGGCUGUGGAGAACGGCACGGCAGCGAUACCAAACAGAAUCACCGAGUGCCGCUCCUACCCGCUCUACCGCUUCGUGCGCGAGGAGCUCGGAGCCGUGUACCUCACCGGCGAGAAGACGCGCUCUCCCGGCGAGGAGCUCAACAAGGUGCUCCUUGCCAUCAACCAGGGCAAGCACAUCGACCCGCUGCUCGAGUGCCUCAAGGAGUGGAACGGCGAGCCCCUGCCCAUCUGCUGA